UGGAGCGUCCAAAAACCCCUCUGAAGAGCCCGGUGCUCAAACUUGGACGCGGACUGAAAAUAAUGUCGUCUCCCGCGGAAGUGCGCGCUCCUGUCACCGAAACCGAUCCCCGGAACUCCAGUCCGAGCGUGUAGAUGUGUUUGACUUGGUCCGAAUAGGUGUAUUUAUUUUUCCUUGUGUACUGCUGCCGGUAAUGGGCAGCGUUGGCUGAGGUGUCUGCCCAGCCAGUGACAGCCUGCAGACAGCAGGGAGAGCUGUAGCGGCCGCUGCAUCUGAUUAUGAGCGCUUCCGAGCACUGAGCGCAAUCUGGAAGAUAAUUUAUUGCGACAGGAACCUCGGCACAGUGUGUAUCGGAUCACAGCCAGGGAAGCCAUGGAGGACUCACAGGACCUCAGCGAGCAGAUGGUGAAGAAAUCACACAGUGAAUCUCAUGUUCCAGACCCCUCAGACACCAGGUCCAUGGAAAUGCAGGACCUAGCCAGUCCUCAUAACCGAGCAGGAAGCGGCGAUUCGACAGGCUCCAAGCUGGACAAGAACAACCUGGGCAGCCCCUCCAUCACCACCAAUGGAACAGGAGGGGAGAAGGCGGCUCAAGUUUGGUGCUUGAUAAAUGAUAAAUGGGCAGGUGAAAACAUGACCGUUCUAAACACGGCUGAUUGGCUGUUGGGCUGCAGCAGCCCGCCCCCCGCUUCAGCUUCCAAGGACUAUGUGAAAACAGAGCCAUUGAACAACAGCGACACAGUCACCACGACAGGCGACACAGCACUGGACACGUACGCAGGCUCAGUCAUCACCAGCAGCGGGUACAGUCCUCGUUCAGCCCACCAGUACUCUCCUCCCCUCUAUCCGUCAAAGCCCUACCCUCACAUCUUAUCCACGCCGGCAGCACCUCCCAUGCCGUCAUACGCUGGCCAACCUCAGUUCAGCAGCAUGCAGCAGUCAACCGUGUAUACAGCGUACUCACAGACAGGACAGGCCUACGGACUCUCCACCUACGACCUCGGUGUGAUGCUUCCAGGGAUCAAGACGGAGGGCGGUCUGACCCAGAGUCAGUCUCCGCUGCAGACAGGCCUCAGCUACAGCCCCGGCUUCACCACACCUCAGCCCGGACAGACUGCCUACUCACCAUAUCAGAUGCCAGGUUCCAGUUUCACUCCGUCCUCAGGCCUCUACUCCACCAACAACUCAGUGUCCAACCCCGCCAACUACACUGCCACACAGCAGGAUUAUCCCUCAUACACGACGUUCGGCCAAAACCAAUACGCGCAGUAUUACUCUGCUUCCUCUUAUGGGACGUAUAUGACCUCCAACAGCGUGGAUGGCACAGGCUCCUCGGCGGCCUACCAGCUGCAAGAUCCCGCGCCUGCCAUGACCGGACAGGCGGCCGAACUCCACCCAGGCGACUUUGAUACAGUGCAGAGCCCUUCCACGCCCAUCAAAGAGUUGGAUGACAGAGCCUGUCGGAGUGGGGGGUCCAAGUCCCGCGGCAGGGGCCGUAAAAACAACCCCUCUCCUCCCCCUGACAGUGACCUGGAGAGGGUGUUUGUAUGGGAUCUGGAUGAGACCAUCAUCGUCUUCCAUUCUCUGCUCACGGGCUCCUACGCACAGAAAUAUGGCAAGGACCCUCCCAUGGCUGUGACGCUCGGCCUGAGGAUGGAGGAGAUGAUCUUCAACUUGGCUGACACGCACUUAUUUUUUAAUGACUUAGAGGAAUGUGAUCAGGUACAUAUCGAUGACGUGUCAUCAGACGACAAUGGCCAGGACUUAAGUACUUACAGUUUUGCAACUGAUGGCUUCCAUGCAGCUGCAACCAGCGCCAACCUCUGUCUGGCUACGGGCGUCCGCGGCGGGGUCGACUGGAUGAGGAAACUGGCCUUCCGCUACCGACGGGUCAAAGAGUUGUAUAGCUCGUACAAAGACAAUGUGGGGGGUCUGCUCGGUCCUGCCAAGAGAGACGCCUGGCUGCAGCUCCGAGCGGAGGUGGAAGCCCUGACGGACUCCUGGCUCACCCACGCGCUCAAGUCCCUGUCCAUCAUCAGCUCCAGAAAUAACUGUGUAAAUGUGUUGGUGACCACGACGCAGCUCAUACCAGCGCUCGCUAAAGUUCUCCUGUACAGUCUCGGAUCAGUUUUCCCCAUCGAGAACAUUUACAGUGCAACAAAAAUAGGCAAAGAGAGCUGUUUUGAGCGUAUAGUCUCCCGCUUUGGCACUAACAUUACAUAUGUUGUGAUUGGCGAUGGGAAGGAUGAAGAGCAUGCAGCUGGCCAGGUAAACAAACAACCUCUGAACUUUGACCCCUCUGACCAUGUGACCCUCCUUCCUCCCCUUGUUUAUUUGUUUUUUACAGGAAAAGAGAGUUGCUUUGAACGCAUAAUGCAAAGGUUUGGCAGGAAAGUAGUGUAUGUUGUAAUUGGGGACGGUGUGGAAGAGGAGCAGGCGGCCAAAAAGCACAACAUGCCUUUCUGGAGGAUAUCCAGUCACUCUGACCUGCUGGCAUUACACCAAGCACUGGAGUUUGAAUACCUGUAACUAUCAUAGCAAUGCGGACUCUUGCAAUGUAACCAUGGAAGUGGUCAGCCAGGCAGCCCAUUUUCUUUUCUAUAACUAUUUAAGAACAAAGACACACUACACUGCGACUGUUUGCAAUUUCUUUUUUUUCCUGUUUUUUUUUUUUUUUUGAAUGUCUGGAUUUACAAACUCUUAACGGUCUUAAGCAAAGAGGUUAAAGGAGGUGAAGAAAAGGUCGAUGGGAUUCGUACACCUGGUCAGACCUCUGUGAAAACCCAGUCUACUGUCCAUGCAGCUGAAGCAGAAACUGUGGAGGAUAAAGAACUCCUGGGAGGACGUUCCUGCUCUCGGUGGAAGCCCCGACGGUUGAAAGGGGACUCGUCCGUCACUUGUAAUCAACCAUCCUCACCCUAAUAUUUGAAGGCUUCUCUGUACAGACUAUAAUGUAUACUGGGAUUUUUUAAAAGCAUUUUCUUGAGUUAUAAUCACAACACAAUGCACAACACAAUGCAGUCUGUGGUAGAAAUUUCUGUAAAUUAUUUCCAAUAAACUUAAAACUGGAUUUUUUUUUUGUCAAGAAACUAAAAUUUUGGGGAUGUCUUUUUUUUUUCCUCAGGAUUUUUAUAUUGUUUUUCUUGUGAGGGGGUUAAAAUGUAUCAUUUUGUGCCUUAUUGUGGUUGAAUGCAUUUUUCUUUAUUCAAAAAUGUCUGUAGAUAUAAAGGAGAAA